AUGCCAAAGUUAGUUCUAGUUAGACACGGUCAAUCCGAAUGGAAUGAAAAGAACUUGUUCACCGGUUGGGUUGACGUCAGAUUGUCCGCCGUCGGUGAGAAGGAAGCUGCCCGUGCUGGUCAAUUGUUGAAGGAGAAGAACGUCAAGCCUGACAUCUUGUUCACUUCUAAGUUGAGCAGAGCUAUCCAAACUGCCAACAUUGCUUUGUCCGAGGCCGACAGAUUGUGGAUCCCAGUUCAAAGAUCCUGGAGAUUGAACGAGAGACACUACGGUGCUUUGCAAGGUAAGGACAAGGCUGAGACCUUGGCUCAAUACGGUGAAGAAAAGUUCACCACCUGGAGAAGAUCCUUCGACGUUCCUCCACCAACCAUCGAGGACGACUCCAAGUACUCUCAAAAGGGUGACGAAAGAUACGCCGAUGUCGACCCUAACGUUUUGCCAGCCACUGAAUCUUUGGCUUUGGUCAUCGACAGAUUGUUGCCAUACUGGCAAGAUGUUAUCGCCAAGGAGUUGUUGUCCGGUAAGACUGUUAUGAUCGCCGCUCACGGUAACUCCCUAAGAGCUUUGGUUAAGCACUUGGAAGGUAUUUCCGAUGCUGACAUUGCCAAGUUGAACAUUCCAACUGGUAUUCCAUUGGUUUUCGAAUUGGACGAAAACUUGAAGCCAUCCAAGCCUUCUUACUACUUGGACCCAGAAGCCGCUGCCGCUGGUGCCGCCGCCGUUGCUAACCAAGGUAAGAAAUAG